AUGAUCAAAUGGGAAAAUAAAUUUUUUGAAAUUGACGAAAAAGAGAAGGAAGAAGAAGAGGCAAUUUUGUCACAAUUUCUUAAUGAACAACAACAAAAUUCAAAACAAAAUAAUUAUUUCGAAUGUCAAACAAAAUUUGUUAAUUUGCCUGUCCAUGGAUGUAAAAUGGCUUUACCUGAAGGAAGUACUUCAAAAAGUUCGACAUUAUGUGAAGAAAUACAUAUUCCUCCACCAAUUGAUAAUAAUAAAAAAUUUUUGGCCAAUUUCCCUCGUUUAAAAAUUGAUGAACUUGAUGAGUUCGCACAAACAGCCUUUGAUGGAAUUAAAUCUUUAAAUGUCAUCCAAUCUCAAGUUUUUGAUCAAGCUUAUAAUACUUUGAAUAAUUUAUUGAUUUGUGCUCCAACGGGUGCUGGAAAAACAAAUAUUGCAUUACUGACAAUUUUGAGAACAAUUCGUGAUAAUCGAACAAAAAAUGGAAAAAUAAAUAAGAAUGCGUUUAAAGUAAUUUAUUUGGCACCAAUGAAAGCAUUAGCAACAGAAAUGACCUCUAAUUUUUCUAAACGUUUGGGCCGCCUUGGAUUGAAAACACGUGAAUUAACUGGAGAUUCCCAAUUAAGUAGAAAAGAAAUUCAAGAAACACAGGUUUGUAAAAAAUAUUUUUUAUCCUCUUUUUCUAAACUGAUUAUAAACCCUAAUGAGCGGCACCGGACCGUAUUUAUUUGGUACAACAUCCUGAUAUUUUAG